UUUUUUUAAAAAGAAAAACCCUAAAUUCUCAACUAAAAGCCUAAAACCCUUCCCUCAAAUUUUCACACAUACAGCACACCGUCUCCCUCAUUUCCCCCCCAAACUCUUAAGUCCUAACUAAAACCCUACCCUCUGAGCUUUGAAAUGGGCAGCAGCCAAGCCGCAGUAUCGUUUUUAACCAACCUGGCUCGCGCCGCCUUCGGGCUCGGUGCGGCCGCUACCGUGUUAAAUGCGUCGCUCUACACCGUUGAUGGAGGCGAGCGGGCCGUGCUUUUUGACAGAUUCCGUGGUGUGAUCGAUGAGACUGUUGGUGAAGGGACCCACUUCCUCGUCCCGUGGCUCCAGAAGCCGUUCAUCUUCGAUAUCCGAACCCGGCCCCAUACUUUCUCUUCCGUUUCUGGAACCAAAGAUCUUCAGAUGGUCAAUCUGACCCUUCGGGUUCUCUCGCGCCCUGAGGUUUCACGGCUACCCUACAUUUUCCAACACCUUGGACUUGAGUAUGAUGAGAAGGUGCUUCCAUCAAUUGGAAAUGAAGUGCUUAAGGCUGUCGUCGCACAGUUCAAUGCUGAUCAACUUCUUACUGAGCGUCCCCAUGUAUCUGCAUUGGUCCGAGAGUCCCUGAUCAGGCGUGCAAGGGACUUCAACAUUGUGCUGGAUGAUGUGGCUAUCACACACUUGUCAUAUGGAGCAGAAUUCUCAAGGGCAGUGGAGCAGAAGCAGGUGGCACAGCAGGAGGCGGAGAGGUCUAAGUUUGUUGUCAUGAAGGCUGACCAGGAAAGGAGAGCUGCAGUUAUUAGGGCUGAGGGUGAAAGUGAGGCUGCACAACUAAUUUCUGAUGCUACUGCUAAGGCGGGUAUGGGAUUGAUUGAGCUGAGGAGGAUUGAGGCAUCAAGGGAAGUUGCCGCUACUCUGGCAAGGUCUCCUAAUGUGGCUUACCUACCUGGUGGGAAGAACAACAUGCUUCUGGCACUAAACCCAGCCUUGGCUGGUGGCCGUUGAAUAACAGGAUCCUCAUGUGGCUAUGGCAUAAUCGACUUGUGAACUCUUGAAGCUGUCCCUGUUUUACUACUGGAUUUUUCAUCUCUGCUUUCAUUAGAUUUUGUUAUAUGUGAACCUUUCUUAGAUUCAUGUGCUUAGUUGGAGACAAUGGGUCUCUUGUUUUAAUCUUGAUUAUCUCCAGUCUUUUUAGGGCUGCAAAUAUAGGAAGUUUAGGAACAAAGUUGCUAUCUUUCAUGUUCCAUCUCGCAGAUGUCUCUAAUAAAAACAGAGUAGGCUAUUGCUUAAUUCAUAAA